UGAUCGAUCUAUUUUCUUCCAACUAAGAAUUCAUUUUCGGAUAUUAGAAAAACCAUCUUGAAAAUCAGUUUUAUGUAUUCGGUUCAACUACAUAGAUAGAGCUGUCGCAACCAUGGCCGCCCAAUAUGCCACCGUUCGCUCCGUUGGCCAAAGCCGGAGAUCGCCUUGGUGACCAGAGAAUCUCUCUGGCCACGAUGAGGCUACUGAGGGCCUCGCUGAGUGGGCGGUGGCUAAUGGCGAGGCCCCAAGCUGGGAUCUCUAUCUCCGAUGUUUUUGAAAAAGACAAGACAUAAAUGGGUGUAUUUUCGGAAAAUGAUAAUCUAGUAAACAUUCCUGCAAGCUUCUCAGCUUUCACCUACCCACCGUAUCUGCUCCGCCCUGCUUCUUGCCGUCUAAUUUUUCUUUUUCUUUUUUUGGGUGCGGCAAGGCGCUUCAUGCCGUCUUCCUCAGCAUAAAGACAUCCUCCCUCAGAGCUUUGUCAAGCACCGAUCAAGAUUUUCCCGAGAACCAGCCGGAAAAUGGCACUCUCUCCGUCACUCUGCAGGGCCCCAAAGGCCCUUCUUUUGGCUCCGACAUUCAAUCUUCCCCGCAGCCCCAACACCCCAUUCAAACCCAGCUUCACAGUGGCCGCCAAUUUCAGGUCGUCCUUCUUCUCCCUCUCCCUCUCCGUACAAAAGCCCCGACCUUUACUCCACCCACGCCGCCACCAAACCCUAGCAACGCGGUGCCUCUUCACCGGAAUCGUGGAGGAAAUGGGCCAAGUCAAGAGCUUGGGCCCGGUUGAUGAUGGGUUCGUCAUGACAGUCGCUGCCAAGACCGUUCUCGAGGACGUCCACCUCGGGGACAGCAUUGCCGUGAACGGUACGUGCCUCACCGUGACCGAAUUCGACACGGGGUUAUCGGAAUUCACUGUCGGUUUGGCCCCGGAGACCCUGAGGAAGACCUCCCUCGUUGAGCUUGGGGUGGGCUCGAAGGUGAACCUGGAGCGCGCGGUCGGCCCUACGGGCAGAAUGGGCGGCCACUUCGUGCAAGGUCAUGUCGAUGGGACGGGGGAGAUAGUGUCCAUGGAGUCCGAGGAGGACUCCCUGUGGGUUAAGGUUAGGACCGGGAAGGAGAUCUUGAGGUACAUUGUGCCCAAGGGAUUCAUAGCAGUGGACGGGACUAGUUUGACUGUGGUCGAUGUGAAUGAUGAGGAGGAGUGGUUUAGUUUCAUGUUGGUGGCUUAUACUCAGCAGAAGAUUGUGAUACCUUUGAAGAAAGCUGGGCAGAAGGUGAACUUGGAGGUUGAUAUUUUGGGGAAGUAUGUUGAGAGGCUUCUUAGCAGCGGGUUUGUCGAGUCAUUCAAGUCUUCCUGAUCGUAAGCUGGCAAACUAUUCAGGCCGAUGGAUCGAUCUUUCAAGUGGAAGAGUCUGAUGUCUGGAACAUUGCAUUUCUGGGCUGGGAUUCGUUCCUCUGGCAUAAGAAUCCAAGAUUUGCUGCUUCAACAAUAGCAUUUGCUUGCUGAGAGAAUGGCGCAUCACACAGUUCCAGAUCCUCCUGGUGGUGAGUUUCUGAACAGGACAGUAAGGUUUGCUACUGAUGCUCACACUAACAGGAUGUCUUUAAAAUGUUCCAAGUUGACGAUCAUUGACAAUUCACUAUGUAAUUCAGUUACCUUGUGAGAUCUCAUGACUUUAUCGGCACCUUUAAUUAAUAAAAGCAAGAGAUGUCUUUUCUCCCUGUCUUCUUCA